GGCGGGACCUUUGUCCAUCUGCCGGAGCCCAGGAGGCCCAGGCCAGGCCCCGGGCCUGCGGAGCGGGAGGGGGGCGGGGGAGGAGGCCAGCCAGAGACCAACAGGGACACAGACAGGCCAGGGCAAGGGCGCUGAGACAGGCAAGAGUCCGGGACCGUAGCACUCGCAGGGUGAAGAAACCAAAUCUCGGGCCAAGCCACUUGCCUUGGGUCACCUAGCCAAAGGAGGCAGAGCCAGAACUUACACCCAGAUCCAGAGAGGACAGGAAAAUGGCCACCUGGGAUGAAAAGGCCAGCUCCCGCAGGGCCAAAGUGGCUCCAGCCAAGAGGAUGAGCAAGUUCUUGAAGCACUUCACUGUCGUUGGGGACGAUUACCAUGCGUGGAACAUCAACUACAAGAAAUGGGAGAACGAGGAGGACGACGAGGAGGAGGAGCAGACGUCGCCGGCACCCGCGUCCAGCGAGGAGGGCAGAGCCCCCGACCCAACGGCGGCCCCCGCCCCCGUGCCCCGGCCCCCCCUCAACUUCAGGGCCACACUGAGGAAGCUCUUUAGCUCCCACAGGUUUCAGGUUGUCAUCAUUUGCCUGGUCAUUCUGGAUGCCCUCCUGGUGCUCGCUGAGCUCAUUCUGGACCUGAAGAUCAUCGAGCUUGACAAGAAUGACUAUGCCGCCAAGGUGUUCCACUACAUGAGCUUUGCCAUCCUGACCUUUUUUAUGAUGGAGAUCUUUUUUAAAUUAUUUGUCUUCCGCUUGGAGUUCUUUCACCACAAGUUUGAAAUCCUGGAUGCCAUUGUGGUGGUGGUUUCCUUCAUCCUCGACUUCGUCCUCCUGUUCCAGAAGCACCAGUUUGAGGCUCUCGGCCUGCUGAUUCUGCUCCGGCUGUGGCGGGUGGCCCGGAUCAUCAACGGAAUAAUUAUCUCAGUUAAGACACGUUCAGAACGGCAACUGCUGAGGUUAAAACAGAUGAAUAUACAGUUGGCUGCCAAGAUCCAACACCUUGAAUUCAGCUGCUCUGAGAAGGAACGAGAAAUUGAAAGGCUGAACAAGCUACUGAAACAGCACGGACUUCUUGCUGAGGUCAACUAGACAUGCGCCUGCUCCAUCCCGAAGAGAAGACCCUUGCCUCACAGGCUUGUGCCGCUGACGAGAAAGACAGCUGCCC